GAGGCUGGCUGGCGGGGAGGCGGGCAGGCAGGCGAGCGGGCUAAGACGUGAAGGAAGGAGACCUAGAGCAGCGAACGAGGCGGUCAGCGUAACCAGUCAUGGAGAAGACCAUCAAGGACUACCUGGUGGAUGCUCUGGACGACCUGAGCAGCGAGAACCUGAAGAAAUUCAAGAGCAAGCUGUGCGAUCGUAAGGUGGAGCCUCGCGUGCGGCGCGGCAAUGUGGAGAAGUUGGACUACACCAUGGAGCUCGCCGACCUCCUCAUCAACACCUUCACCACGAGGAGCGCCGUGCAUGUGACAAUGGAGAUCUUAACGGCCAUCGGCUGCAAUCAAGUCGCUGAGGACCUGAAGCGCGACACCGAGAGCGAUGGUUCUGCGCCCCAGCCUCAGGUACAGAACAACAGUGUAACUGCACCCCAGCCUGAAGUGCAGGACUCCGCUGUACCUGCACCCCAGAGGUCAGCAGCGGUGGCGACGACUCCGCCAGGCAGCUACGAUCAGCCGGACACUUCUGCAGCGCUUAUUCCCAGCAGCUUGGAGUUCAAACAGGCCAUCCUCAGAGAACAAGGACAGAAGAUUUACCCUGUUCUAGAUAAAGCAGCGAGGAAGCGUUUGGCUCUGCUGAUCAACAACGUGGAGUUUGACCAUGAGGACAUGAAGAGGAAUGGAGCUCAGAGAGACGAGGAGAACAUGGAGAAGCUGCUGAGAGGUCUGGGCUACGACGUCGUAAAACGCACCAACCUCUCCGGACAGGAAAUGGACGAGGCGAUAAAAAGCUUUGCUGGACGUAAGGAGCACGCCGAAUCAGACAGCACCUUCGUGGUUAUAAUGUCCCACGGCAAGAGAGAUGCCAUUUUGGGGGUCCAUUAUGGAGUAAACAACCCAAAUGACGUCCUCCCUGUCGAUAGUAUCUACUCCCACCUGAACUCAGAGAACUGUCCAGCUCUCAUCAACAAACCCAAAGUGAUUCUAAUUCAGGCCUGCAGAGGAGGUGAGAAUGGCAAGGUGUGGGUUGCUGACAGUGAACCAGACCAGUUGUGGAACAUGGAGAGUGAUGUGUGGGAGCACAAGGAGAAGGACUUCAUCUCCCUGCUGUCCUGCACACCAGAUACCAAAUCCUACAGGCACAAACUGAAUGGGUCACUUUUUAUCGGAUUCCUGGUGGAGGUGUUCAACGCUAAUGCCAAUAAGGAUGAUAUCGAGGAGCUGUUCCGACAGGUUAUGAGGCGUUUCGAGGAAUUCGGAAUGCUGAAGCAGAUGGUGUGUAAGGACCGCACCACUCUGCUGAAGCUUUUCUAUCUUUUCCCUGGACUCUGAUGUUCUGGGUCACUCAGUACUUCUUAAAGGGGAAAUGUUCAUUGCCCUGUGUGGUGAAUUUGAUCUUAUUAAUUCUAUGGUUGUAAUAUUAUUUUCUAUCAUAUUGGUUAUUAGACUGUGAAGAUUCUGGUUGAGUUUAUUCUGUGGGCCUCUGACUGAAAUGGUGGAGCUGAUGCAGGAGGCAUCUGAACAGGAAAGGGGCCCCCUGAAUGUAAACAAUGCUAUAUAUGGGGGUUAGGCAACUAGGGCCAUUUUGGACAAGAACGUAUGUUUAUACCAAAUUUGGGUAAAGAAGAUCCAUACAUUGAAAUUUUGACAGAAACCAGAUGUCCACACCGUGUAUAAAACCUGGAGUUGUAAACGUAUGUGUCAGAGAAACAAUUGGCUCUUCUCUCCAAGCUGGUUCCCGAAGGCUUGUCUGUGACUUCGACCUCUCAAUGCUAAUAAACAUCUUUUUAUGCAAGA